GCUCCUUCGGACACAGAGCGUCAGCAACUCCCCGGAGCUUCAAGGAAGAACACUAGGAAUCCUCCUCCAAGGAAGAAAUUUCCGCAUAUCUUGCUUCGUACGAGCAAACAGUUGCUAGCACAAAAACAGUAGUAAGGAUGCGACGUACAAGAUACGUUGCAUUGCCAGUACGGGCUUGGCAGUAUGUCGGCCUCUUGGUGGUAUCCCUCGCCUGCCUGACACUAGGGUUGGUCUCCAGGGAUAAGGAAGGCCGAGCAGGAAGUCUGGCAGGGCCUGAAUUGAAACAUCAGGCUCCUCACGAAGUGGAUGCCUGCCCAAAUUUGAACCCUUUCACCAAGAUGCCUUCUUGCUUGACUUUCGAGCAAGACCAGACCAGGAUUUCGAAGACGACCAGAGAAACUAGAGACUCCAGAACAUCCCUGAUACCAACUGAUCUCAGAAUGUCUCGAUCUCGAAGUUUAGAUCGCGUCUCUAUGGCUCGAUCUCAAACUCGAGUUGACUUUAGGAGCAUGGAGAGAUCAAGCAGGCAGGGAACGAACACCGAAUACAGAAUCCAAGAUCGUACAAGACGUAUGUCCGAUCCUGCGAAUCGACUUUCUCGAUCACUCAAUUCGAAGAUUACAGAGGAAUUUGUAGAACGGAGAUUGCUCAAAAGGUCUACUGACUCAGAUAAACGCCGCGAAGUAAACAGAAGAGUAAAUGAUCGAGAACAUAAUCUUGUACGAUCCACAGAAUCACUUGCUUCUAUCAACUUUCGUCGAGAAAGGAACGAACGAUCUUUGAGGAACGUAGAUACACGUAAUCGUAUGCAGAUGACAAUCAGACGCGAUUCCAGAUUGGACCAAGACCGCAGAUCUCUUACUAGAUUGGAACAACGAGACGUAACUAAUGAACGGCAAAGAAUUAGCCGCUUAGAUCGUCAUAUGGAUGCCAGGGCAAACGAUCGUCGAAAUUCUCCCAUUAGAUCGCUAAGACGUACUACAGAUAACUUGGAGAACCCGGCUCGUGAACGACGUGAAUCUCGACUCGUCCGGACAUCUGAAAUUACUAGGAAUGAUUUAAAGGAACGACGAGUUAGGGAUUUGUCUAACGAUCGAACGUCAGAACAUCGGUCACUUGUAGAUUCUAGGAGAAAUUCAGAAAGGCGGUCUGUUGAUUUUCGAAAUCGCGAAGAGAUUAAGACUGAUCGUAGACUCACCGAGCAAAAAACUAACCGGCGACUAAUGGAAAGGCGAUCCACAUCUGUUGAAUCUCGAAAUCGUGAAGAUAGAGCUGAUCGUAGAUUUAUGGGACAGAAAGAGAAUCGUCGAGUUGUGGAACAGAGAGCUGAUCGUCGAGCUAUAGAACAAAGGAUUGACCGACGUCUUAUGGAACAGAGAGCUGAUCGUCGACUUAAGGAACGAAAAAUUGAUCGUAUCGUACAUCAAAAUAUAGAUCGUAGACUCUCUGAAGAAAGUGAUCGUAGACUUAAUGAACGAAGGACUGAUCGUCGUCUGUUGGACCAACGGGCUGAACGACGACUUAUGGAACAAAGAGUUGAUCGUCGACUGAUGGAACGAAGAACUAAUCAACAAUUCAUAGAACAAAGAGCUGACCGACAACUCAUGGAAAGACGAUCCUCACCUAUCGAAUCUCGAACUCGCGAAGAAGCCAGAACUGAUCGCAGACUUAUGGAACAAAGGACUGAUCGACGACUCUUGGAAAAACGAUUCACAUCUAACGAAUCUCGAGCCCGCAAAGAAACCAGAACUGAUCGCAAUCUUAUAGAGCAGAGAAUUAACCAUCGAUUUGUUGAACAAAGGGCCGAUAGCAGCAGACUUACAGAGCAAAGGACUGAUCGACGACUUAUGGGAAAACGAUCCAUAUUUGUCGAAUCUCGAAGCCGUGAAGAAGCCAGAACUGAUCGCAAACUCAUGGAAAAAAGAGCUAACCGAUUAAUCAUAGAACAGAGAGCUGAUCGUCGAUUUGCGCAACGAGGAGCUGACCGCCAACUCACAGAACGUCGUCUCGCAAAGCCAGAGCAAAGGAUUGAUCGACAAGACUUAACUUUAAGACGAUUCGACACUAGAUCACAACGAAUUGGCGCUACGCUUACUCGUCUUGCGAAUAAUAUUCGAUCUAGCCAAAAGGAACAACGAUUCGCUGAAAGAAUUCGAGAUAAAUUUGCAAACGAUAUCAGACGAUCACGCUCUGCAGAAAGGGAGCAUAUUCGUUCUGUAGAUAGAGAUUCUCGUUCUCGAAGACAACCAAUAGAAGAUACAACUUUCCUCCGAGGACAACGCUCUCAACAACGCAAUUUUAGAAUCCCCGUUAAUGCACCUACAUUAGCAGUACGAGAGAAAGGUCUGACUCACAGCAAUGAUUUUAUACCCAGGAUGAAAAUUUUGGGUACCGCAAACUUCCUGAAACGAGAGAACUCCAUGAAUCUAAACACUCUGACAUUUGAAACGAUUCGUCAGGCACUCAUAAUUGGACUUUGUACAAUGUAUGGAUUAUCUAUUUUCUAUGGCAAACGUUCUUUUAUUAGGAACUUCGUAGGACAGGCACCACAGUUUACUAUAUGGUAGGAUUCUUAUCCAACGAAUAAAACAACGAUUCGCUACUUCCAAGGCCUGCUUUUAGUCGUUGUCCUUGUGUAAUAUUUUCUUGCAUUAUAGAGCUAUGCAUUGUACUUAAUGAGAAUCUGUAUAUUAGUGUACAGCUGAUAAAUGUAUCCUGCAUAGAGAUAGAAAUGUAUUGCAUGUAUUUAAAAAGAUAUAUUUUAUCCGAAUAAAUUGUUCAAAUUAAAAUCAAA